UUGGUUGUCCUUUCGUUAGACAAGCAAGCUAAAGUGAUUUGACGCUGGGCAAGGUUUUUAGGUUAAGUGAAGUUCAAACAUUAUUUUUAAUUGUAAUUUGUGUUUAUAAUUAUUUAUUAGAAUGGCCGACGAAAUGAGCAAGAAGGUGCAAGACUACAAGGAUUCUUUGAAGACGAAAGCCGAGAACCUCAUACUCAAAGGCUUCCCAGAAACAAUAGUUAACUUGAAUGAUAUCUUGGAGACGCCAGCGUUCAAGAAUCGUAAUUUCAGAGAUGUAUUCUAUGAGUUGAAUAUCCCUGUGCCCGAUCCAAUUGUGGUUAACCAUGAUGAUCUGCCACCAGCCAAAAAGACUAAGUAUGAUAACAGCAUAUCGCAGGAUGGCACCAAGGUGAUGGCUCUGCCCAGUGGCACUGUAACAAGCAAUAAACACUUGCUUGAGCUUGUGGAGAUUGUAAAGCCUCACAUUAGGAAACUCAUGGAGGACUCUAAUUUGUUGAAAAUGUGGAUUUCUUUUAUGAUUCCGAAAAUCGAAGACGGAAACAACUUUGGCGUGUCCAUUCAGGAGGACACUUUGGCUGAGGUGCAAUCUGUAGAAUCUGAAGCUGCUGCAUUCUUUGACCAAAUUUCUAGAUACUUUAUCUCACGAGGUAAAUUGGUUUCUAAAGUUGCCAAAUAUCCACACCUGGACGACUACAGACGCGCCGUUCAAGAGCUGGACGAGAAGGAGUACUUAAGCAUAUGGCUGAUGAUGGCAGAGAUCCGUAACCGGUACUGCUCACUGCACGACAUCGUCGUGAAGAAUCUGGACAAGAUCAAGAAGCCACGUACGUCGAAUGCGGCGGAGUCUUUGUAUUAAAAUAACAAUAUUGUUGUUUUUUUUUUCUUAUUGAAUCAACGAAAAAGAGAAAAAAAAACAUGCCCCCUUUUACUAUUUAAAUACAACCGGACGAUUAAGUAAUGAGAAGCUCUAUAUGUAAAACAAACAAACAACAAAAAUGAAACAAAGAGAAAAAAAACACUAUUCCAUUUAUUUAAUUCUAAUGUAUUACUCUUAAUGAAGCAGACUCAUCAAUAAGGAUUUAUAUUUUUGUCACUCGCAUUGGCUUUACGUUUUCAGUUCCCUGUAGUUUUUAGUAAGUCAAAUUCGACGAAGAAAAAAAAAAAAGAUAUGGAGCGAAUGCGAGCAUUACAUUUUUUCUUCCUUCUUUCUUAUUUUUUAUUUUAUAUAAAUUAAAUACAUUUUGUUUUCUUGUACGAAAAGCAAUGAAACUCUCGAAACUGUAGCUGUCGUUUCUCUCAUAUGCUCUUUAGGAC